AUGCGAACCGGUGGAUUCGUGCAAAUUUUCAAGGACUUCUCGAAUUGGUCGACGGUCGCCGCCGUUCCGCACAUCAGCAAUGCGUCGAAUAAGAUCUCUCGCGUCUUCUGGAUCGUCGUCUUCUUUUUCGUGUUGGGCAUGUUCGCCUAUGAGCUCUACAUUUUGAUAUCCAAAUAUUUCUCGUAUCCGGCCAUCAUUUUCCCCGUGGUGACCGUUUGCAAUAUGAACGCCUACAAAUAUCGAGUGGUCCGUUCAAAUUCGGCAUUUUCCGAUUUGAACGAUCUCAUGGAAGCCUACAAAAAUGCCGUCGGCGGGGGUCUGACUGCCGACAAAUAUGGACUCAAGGAUGUUGCCGGCGAUGAGUACGAUUUGGACUCGCGGAUGGCCGACGCGCAGCUCCUUGAAGCCUACAAGAUUCCCGAGUCCGACAAGACCGCCGGCCUCUACUCGUAUUCGGACCUCAUUCAGGAUUGCACGUUCAGCGGGCAGCCGUGCAGCGAAUCCGACUUCACGCGAUUCGUCGAUCCCGUCUACGGCGCGUGCUAUUCUUUCAACGACAAUCCGUCGCUCAACUACUCGGUGAGCCGUCAAGGCAUUCUGUUCGGCCUCAAACUCAUGAUCACGGUGACGGUAGGCCUCGGCCAGGAGACGACCGACGGCGUCACCGAUUUUUUGCCCAACACCAAAUUGGCGGGCGUUCGAAUUGGCGUCUACGCGCGCGGCACCAAGCCGAUGCUCGACGCCAAUGGCAUCGACGUCGGCGUCGGCUAUCAGAGUGCCGUCUCGAUUUCAUUGGUCGAGUUUCUGCUUUCGAAAAAACCGUACGGAACAUGUGUGGAUCGCGAGCCGGCCGACACCGACAAUUAUCAAGAUUUCACGUAUACGCUCGAAACGUGCUUCGACGGAUGCAAACAACGCGAUACGGUGGCGAAGUGCGGUUGCGCGAAUCCGCGAUUCGCGUUGGGACCCGGCGAUACGCCAUGCGAGCCGACGAAAGCGGCGUUGGAGUGCCUCGAAUCGCUGAAAGGCAGCCAGACGAGUCCGACGAAUCCGAACAUCGAUCUGCUGCGCGAAUGCUCGUGCCAUCCGCCGUGCCGCGAGCACACCUACACGCCGACCGUCUCGUUGGCGCGAUUCCCGGCGCGAGGCUACUAUGUGGCGACGGAGAGCAGCGGCGGUGUCGGCAGCUGUUCCUAUAAGAACACCAAAUUCGCGAGCCGAAACACGUGCCAGCGAUGGUACGCGAACAACGCGUUGACGCUUCAAGUCUUCUUCGAGACGCUCAGCUACGAGCUCUACACCGAGAAAGCCGGCUAUACGGUCUCGAACAUUAUCAACGAUUUGGGCGGCCAAGCGGGCCUCUGGCUCGGAUUAUCCCUCAUUUCUUGUAUCGAGAUGGGCGGCCUGCUGCUUGUCACCGGCGCGUUCUGCAUUACCGGCGGACGAAUUCAAAUCGUGCCCGACGCCGACGAAAUCGAGAAGGACCAUCGAAUCAAGGAUGUCGAAGACGUCAAAAAAGAAAUCGAUCAUAUGGAGAAGCGCCAAAACUCGGAAAGCGACGACGACGAUGAAAAAGACGAGGGAGAAGCUGAGGACAAAAAGACACAGUAA